GAGAGUGGCGUUGCAGCCGAAGAGGGGCUCGGUAGGAUGAAAAAGGCUGUUCUCGUCUUCUGCCGGGAGCUUAAGUCCAUUUAGAGCUUAAGUCCAUUUAGAAAAAGAGGCUUCAAACCUCUUAAAGAGUAGGUGGCCGAGAAGUACUAAUUUCGAAGAGGGUGGCGCGGGGCUCUCCUUUUGCGUUUGCACUUCACUUCUUUCUGGUUUCGUUUAAUGGCAGCUCCACUGAGUUAGCAUCGGCUUUUAAAUGUGCGCCCGCCCCACCCUCUCUCUUUUUCUAUCUGGUGCUUGUUUCUUUGCAGUGGUGUGUUGCUGCUAUAAGCGGAGAAGCCAAGGGGUGGCAUUACUCCAAUCGAUAAGUUCAAUCAUGGACGCCAACGAGGCGACGAGGAUGGUGUUCUCCAAGAUACAGAAUCUGGACCCGGAGAACGCCCCCAGGAUUAUGGGCCUUCUCUUGCUGCAGGAUGACGCCGAGAAGGAGGUCAUUCGCUUGGCCUUCGGCCACGAAGCCCUCCUCCACGCCGUGGUGGUGAAGGCCAAGGAGGAGCUUGGCCUCGCUCCGCCACCCUCUGCCGGCGGCUCCGCAGCUCCCCCCUACCUCCUCCGUCUGAACUCCGCCAAGCGCCUGCUCGCCGUCUCGUCCCCUUCCUCGGGGGCCCCGAACUCUGUGUUCUCCCGCUCCGGCAGCAGUCUCGGUGACAUUGGUUUGGAUGGAUCGUUGGAGCAACUCCAGAACUCCGACGAGCUCAUAAGCCCCAGCAAUUUCAGCUCGUCCCCAUUCCAUGGCAGCGGCGGCGACCACGUUCCGGACCAGCUAUCCUUCCUCGGCGGCCCCGCCGCGGCCCCUAAUUCCAGGUCAUCGAAGCCCAGCAGCGGCGGCGACGUGAUCCACCCGGGCGUCGGGUGCUGGAGCCCGCGAGGGAACGGUGACGGUUCGCUCUUCCCUUAUGGGUUGGGAUGGGGACUCGACGGCUACCAGCAUCAGCGGAGCUGCUCCGCCGAUGACGACCUCUUCCUCGGUGCCGCCCCCACACUGGAGUUCGGUUGGGAUCCGUGCCUCUACUUCGCGAGAGGCUACUGCGAAAACGGGACAGCGUGUCGGUUCCUCCACGGGCUACCGGAGGAGGCCGCGGCGACCGCUGUCACCGGCGCCAAGUUGGAUGCGGUGAUGCAGCAGCGCCAGGAGCUUCUAAUGAGAUCAAAAAGCCAGAGGAUGGGCGGCGCUUCGCAUCUCAUGGCCGCCGGGUUCCCAUACUCGCCGACGGGUUCGGUGCGGACUUCUCCGUCAUCCACCUCGAGCAAAUUCCUGAGCUUCUUGCUUCAGCAGCAACAAAACGAGAGCCAAAGGGCGGCAGCUGCGGCGGCGCUGAUGCUGGGCGGGGACGAGGCAAAUAAGUUGAUGGGCGGAUCAAGAAUAGAAAGAAGCGAUUUGCUGGGAAAUCAUGGUUCCAGGCAGAUCUACUUGACCUUCCCCGCUGACAGCACGUUUCGGGAAGAGGACGUGUCCAACUACUUCAGCAUCUACGGGCCAGUGCAAGACGUGAGGAUCCCCUACCAGCAGAAGAGGAUGUUCGGCUUCGUGACCUUCGUCUACCCGGAGACCGUGAGGCUGAUCUUGGCUAAGGGAAACCCACACUUCGUCUGCGAUUCCCGGGUUCUCGUCAAGCCAUAUAAGGAGAAGGCAAAACUCGUCCCCGACAAGUACAACAGGAAGCAGCAGCAGCAGCAGCAGCAGCAGGCUGAGAGGUGUACGACUUCUGCAGCCCUGGAUGCUAGAGAAGCCUAUGACCUUCACCAGCUUGGUGCAAAGAUGUUGUACAGCAGCACCAGCGAGGAGCUGCUGUGGAGAAGAAAGCUAGAAGAGCAGCAGCAAGCAGCGGAGCUGCAGCGGGCCAUUGAGCUACAGGGGAGGCGAUUCAUGGGCCUCCAAAUCCUUGACCUCAACAACCAAAGCUUCCCCACCUCAGCCACAUCAUCCUCCAUCGACUCCCCCAUCAUCACCUCCGCUCAACCAAUCAGUAAUCUGGACAGAAGCAGUAGUCGGGUAGCGUCGCCAACCGAGGCUGAGAGCCUCAGCAUUGCAGAACCUGACGAGAAGGUUAAUAGCUCCCCUGGAUCUUUACUCAAGCAGCAGCACGAAUCUGCCGAUGAAGAUGGUGACUCCCGUGGGAGGGCGGAUCCUAACUUGCCCGACAGCCCAUUUGCUUCACCCACCAAAUCUUCCUCCAUGCUCGACUCGUUCUCCACCGGCGAAGACAUGACUACUUGCUGCAUCGCAAACAAUGGCAGCAGCGGCAACAACAGCUUCUUCACUUGACGUCCCCACCUCCGGUUCAUACUUCUUCCAAACGCCGAGGUAAAAAAGCACCCCACCCGUCACUGAAAAAAGAAGCUUAGGGGACAUAAUGAGCCAAGUGUAAGCCUCAUUGCCCGCCCCUUUUUUUUUUUGGUCACUUUCAAACUUUUGCCAUGCCUCUUUUUUUUGUUUUUGAAACAGCAAAAGCAAAGUGACACGCAGGGCAGGGUGAAGUGGAUUCCAUGGAUGGCCCAAAAGUCUAUGGUUUCUUCUUUCUUUUCUUCUUAUAGUUUUCCAGUGUAAGCUUUACAGGAAAACCUUCCCUUGCCAUCGCUGAUUUCGCCUGUACACCGGUUGCCAUGACAUCGUAUCAGUAAGGAAUACGAACCAUGGGAAUGCAGCUGGAACAAUGGGGACUACGGCUCAAUAUAACUGGAAGUUCAAUGUCAUGCAGGUCCAUUUCCACCAACAUCAACACCAAUAUAUCUGCAGAUGUUGAAGCUAUCGCUACGUCAAGACAGAAAGCCGGAACUGGUUUUGUCAUGCAGGUCCAUUUCCACCAACAUCAACACCAAUGUCAUGUUUUGAUAUAGACACACCCAAAACAUCAAGACAGAAAGCCGGAACUGGUUUCUAGGGGGGAAAAUAGAAAGCAGGAGAGGUGAAGGACAUGAAGAGACAGAAGAAAGAGAUGAGAGCGGGUACAUGCGUCAUGCAGGUUCCUCUUCUGCCGCCGAUGGUCUCUCUUUUUCUUUGAUAUAGACAGCGACAGAUCCACCACAAGUUACUAAUAACCUAUAGAUUACUUUUCUCCUUGUGGUGACGUUUGUUAGUCACCAGUACUAGUUUUACAAACUGAUGGCAACUGAAAUGAGAAACUCUUAUCGAACUAUGGGUCUUGCAGGACAAAGGAAGC